AUGGAAGUCCAGAUAGAUCAUUCAAUUGGCAUCGAAAAAAUCAAAAAGCUUUUGGUCUCAUGUAAAGAGAUGGGAAUCUCAAGAGCAUGCGUUGGUCCUAGUAAAGCAUUGCUACAAAUUGGCCUGAAAGAAGUCGUAGGAAUCGACAUCACUACGAAAAAUCAAGAAAAACAUAGAUAUGAGAUAAAAAAGAUCAAACUAUCGAGUCUUGAUGUGCAAACCGGAAAGAUGGAAAACGUUCUUUGCAAUGCUUGGUGUAAAAUUGAGAAACCUGAAGACGUCAAAACCUCCGUGAACGCUUAUUCUAAAAAAACUGGGAGCAUUGAAGCUACAGUAGCCACCGAAACAUGGGUUAGCGAGCAACAAUCUUUUCGAAUCGCUUCGAUUGCUGCUAAUUUCAAUCCCGAAACCAAAAAUGUGCCAUCCUCGAUUUUUCAACGUUCAGAAGACAACCCAAUAGACUUGGAUGCCGCCGAAGAUCUUAUGCUUCCUUCGAGUUCUGUCGUAUCUCCCGAAAAACGUCAGCAACCGAAUUGGAAGAGUCCUUCGAUAGUGGAAGGUAGUCCAGAUGAAAAGACGGGGAAAACUCGUUCUCUGCCAGACUCUGGAACCCGCUACAGUAGUAUAUCCCCAAAAUCAGCAUUCUCCGAAGGCUUCGUACCAAAAUCACCGACCUUCGGCCCCGAUCAAGAAGAGUAUUCAAGAAGCAUCACGGAAAAGGAAAUUGAGGAAAACAUGUUCAUGAGUUACAACAAGAUGACAGUUGAAGAGAUUAGCGGACCAAUUGGGACGUGCCGAAUUGAUGAGCGGAUUUUCGGUAGAUCCCCUGAAACAACGAUGAUUCAAGUAAGUCAAACUGCAGCUGAACGACCCAUGGAGGUUCACGAGAAUGAAGAAACGGAUUCUGACAACAGGACAAGGUCCCAAUCUUCGAAAGUCAUCGAUCCAAAUGAGAAGAAAAAGUCAAACAUGACAGAUAAUGAACAGUCAAUUCCAAUGAUGCAAACUCCACAACGUUCCAAACCACUCAUGAAAUACCAAGCGCUUUCCAUAUUGGACAAUGUUCUCAAAACACCUCCACCGAUUGUUGCGCCGAUGUUACCACCACCUGAGGUUAUGCAAGAUAUAGCUGCAGUUGUUCAAAAAGGAAUGGCAGAUGGUACUGCCCGUCGACUGAAUGAGUAUGAUUAUCCUGAGCCUCCGUUUGAUGACUCUAAGAAAGAGAAAACUCCUGAUAGGAUGCCUCAUUUGACACCCCAUGAUAAGCCCCGAAAAGUGACGCCACAACGGCCAUCUCAAGUUAACAGGAGUAUUUUCCAAGACGGUCGGUCUCCGGUUCCAGGAAUACCAAAUGAUCCAGUGACCGAAGAAGAGCUAGAAGCGUUACGUGCUAGACAUUCUACUGAUAAAUCGACUGAAUCAGGUGCAAUUCCAAUAUCAAAGACAUCUACCGAGUACCCUUCUCCUCUUUCUCUACCUGCACCAAGAGCAUCAAACGAUUUCACGACGCCUGUUGCUCGACCACAAGGGUCCCAGUCUGCUACUUCUUCCGAAAAAGCUCAAACAACCCGAGGAGCGGAUACAGCUAAUCCACCCGGGACAUCUGCUCCUAGAAAACAGCCUCCGGUGCCGCCCCAGAUUUAUCCGUAUGUGAGGGUGGACCCGAAGCAUUUGCCACCUGGCCAAAAGGUUCCUAGCACGCCUCCCCGACGUAAUGAAACCUCUUCUGUGGAUAUCGGAACAGAUUCACCCGUAGAAGAUUCAGCAGCAAUUCGCGAGAGGAUGCAUAGGAAAAGAAGAACGAUUGGAAAUGAAGCACUAGGUGGAGAUUCAGGACCUUUGGAUCGAUCUAGAAUUCCACCACACCGAUUGACACCUCAACAGCUUCAACAACUCCAUCUAAAAAUUACGGCUCGAAAAAUGCAAGCUCUUCAUGGUGCGCCUCAUGGUUUUCAAAUGAUGGUUUUUCCGAAUGGAAAGCCAGUUUCCCAAGAAGAAUUGCUCGCAUUACAACACCAACACAUGAUGAGAGUCGCACAGCAUGGAGAUCCCAGAAUGAUGCAAUAUCCAAUGAAGAUGCUUCAAAGACCACCAGACCCAAAACAUCCACAAGGUCAUCCUCCAGGUCAUCAUCAACAUUUCCGAAGAUCAGCACACUUUCCGGGUUAUCCUCCAACCAUGAUUGGACCUAACGGACUUCCAGUUCAUCCACAGUUCGCCGGACCAAUGCCACCACAGUUCUCAGGACAAGUUCAUAUAACACCCGAAUAUGAAGAAUAUAUAAAUCGGUACCAUUUCCAACGAUAUCUUCGGAAGAAGAAAGAAUAUGAGCAAAUGGUUCGGGAGCAUCAGAUUGCGAAAGGAAUAGUACCUCCCGCUGAAGAAAUUGGCAGUCCGGAAUCUGCUCACAGAGAGAACCAACAUCAAAUAGGGAAAACAGAUGACCAAAACGCUUCUGCAUCGAAAAGUGUGGAGCAACCUGAUGAGAGCUCUGCUAAACUGGCAGUUCGAUCAACUGUUCGACAUCCAUAUUUGGUUGUGAAGUCACCAGUUCCACUUAGAGGAUCCGCUCCGUCCAAUCUUCGCACAUCCGACGCUUCUCAAAGACAUGAUGAGCCAAGCGAACCACCAAACCGUUCAGAGCCUGAACGAGUAGCUGAUUCUGAAAAGUCUUCAGAAGCAACGAAUGAAAAGGAUAAGCAGAAGACUGUGAUCGAGUGCAUAACACUCAGUGAUGAUGAUGAAGUGACACCAGGAGAAGUCGGCCACGACACCUCGCCAGGGGAACCAGUUGAUCGUAAGCCAACCCAGGACGAACUCGCUAUAAGAGAUCCACAAAAUUCGACAACCUCAGAUUCCAACAGUGGUGAGCCGGCAGCCAAAAGAGCGCGUAUCGAAACCGAAGAUCAUGGUUCUGGAGAAAGGGAGUGGACUCUUGAGGAUGAAGUCAGAGGAAGAGAAGAAUUUAGAAAGCAACAACACAGACAUUCAUUGGGAAAUGUUCGACCAAAUAUGACUGAACAAAGAGUAAUGUCUCGUAGAUCGGAUCAAGCGACUGUGGCCCCUGUUGUUCAUCCCGGAAACGCCAAUCGUCAAUUUUACCCACGCGGACAUCACUACGAACAAUCAACCUACUUCAAAACAGCGAACGUUGGCUAUGGUGUAGGAAAGAAGAGUCCUAAGAAAAGAAGCCGAUUCAGCUGGAAUCCUAUUGAAAAAAAAACUCUGAAACGUCAUUGGGUAAGAGGAACCUACAAAACUCCUGAACAAAUUAAGAAAAUAGCCGAAGAAUUGAAUCGGGAUGAGGGAAGAGUCAGAGUCUUCUACGACAAUCAAGUCAAACGGAGAAGGAUAGCUGAGAAUAAAGCGGUGGAUAUGUCCGGAAUACGUCCAAAUCCAGGAGGAGAAGAAGAUGAAGAUGAGGAUAUGGAUGACUUCGAGAUGUGA